UACAGAAGUAGUAUUUCCCGCAGAAGUAGCCCCAGGCGGGUAUUCGAAAUUUUCCGUAAUCAUGGUAAGACAGCGAAUCCUCAGCGCGAUCUGGCCAGAACCCAGGCGGUGCGCAACUACCGCGCGACUUUUGUGCAGGGAACCCGUCUGGAGUACGUCUCCUACAGCACUCCGAGGAACCAAAUGGAGGCGCCACCGAUUGUGGUGAUGCACGACCUCAACCUGUCGGGGGCAUCGUGGCGCCACGUGGCCAGCAACCUGAGCCAGCAUGGUCUGCGCCAGGUGAUCACCGUGGAUGCCCGCAAUCAUGGUCUCAGUCCGCACACGGGUCACUCGCCGCUCCACCUGGCCGCCGAUGUGGAGGCCCUGAUGGGUCACCAGCGUCAAAAGAUCGUGGCCUUGGGACAUGGAAUGGGUGGUCGCAUGAUGACCCUGGCCCUCACUCAGCCGCAGCGUGAGCGGGUCAUUCUGGUGGACACAACGCCGGCUCCGGUACCCAGUAACUUCUAUCUCACACGGGAGGUGUUCGAGAUGAUGAUUCAGGUGGCGCCCACCAUUCCGGCGAAUCUCUCGCUCUCAGAGGGACGCAGGUUCAUCCUGCCCAUUUUCCAGGACGUGGUUCAAGAUGUCUCCGAACUGCGGAGGGUUAUCCAAAAUCUGCGCAAGAUGCAGGAUAGCACCUGGUGGUCAGUGAAUCCCCAGGCGGUUCUGAGCUCCUGGGCGGAAAUGAUGAUCGACUACGAGUCCACUAUAGGUGGACUUAGUCCCUAUAUGGGCGAAGUCCUGCUCAUCGCCGGUUCUCAGUCGGAGUUUGUGACCUCGAGUAUUUCCAUAAUGCAGAGGUACUUUCCCAAUACGGUUGUCCAAAUUCUAGACGCAGGUCAUUGUGUGUACGAGGAUCAGCCGGAACAGUUUGUGGAACUGGUCGUGGAGUUUACCCGUUGCCUAGUUUGUUGAAGAAGUGGUUCUUUAAAUUGUGAGGCAAUUUUACCUGUAUAACCCUUCUAACUAUUCCUUGAAAGUGCUGAAAUUCAGCUUUCAAUACACUCCAUCGAUAAUUGCACUGUCAGCACAAUGGAAACCGCAGGAAAAACCGGGCUGAAUGGCAGGCGAUUUGUAGUGGUGCAGUGAAAAUCGAUGGGAAGUCAACGUGGCAGCCAAUCGAAAGGAUACCCGAUACCCGAUACUCGACUCAGGUGCUCCAAAGUGGGAGCCUGGAAGAUUGGCACACAAAGGCCAACGCCUCAACCCGCCAAUUUGCCAAUAAAGCAGCCGAAGGUGAGGCGAAAUGCGCCACAAUGCGAUACAAUUUAGAUUUAUAUGCUUUGUCUGAUUUAUUUGUAUUGGACGUGUGGGCGAUGGAGACGUCUGCUGUGCCCGUGCUUCAAAAGUCGAUAAUCUGUGGGGAUCCGGAAAGAGGGGCUCCAUCCUCUAAACACCCUGACUUCUGUACACUCGCUUCUUUUGCUGAAAUUGAGUCAUGACUGAGAUUUGAAUGUGCAAAUGUACACAGGACCCUGGAAGGACGCCUUCAAGUUGUUUGCCCGAACCCCAUGUUCCGGUGCCUUUGUUCUGGCUUUAAUGAGGAUUACGUGAAAUUUCAUUAUGCUGCGUAAUAAAUAAGUAGCAAGUCAAAUAAACAGGGACUAGCAAACACAGCCACCCACCCAUCGCCCAUCCACACAUUCCGCAAAUGCAGGGGAAUGCGAAUGUACAUGAGCAUUUCAACUGGAUGUACAUACGGUCGGUAGGGAAACCAUAUUAAAAUUUAGACACGUACACAUUUUAUUGCUUGUUAUUUUGUGUCUGUGCUGCCAGCUGCAUAAACCCCGAAAA